CGCUGGGUUAGCGACCGGAAGGUAGGGUGAGCCUGUGUGAUCCUGUGGUUGUUAUAUCAUGGCUGAAAAUGACACAGAUAGAAACCAGAUUGAGAAACUUCUAAAAAGAGUACAAGAAUUGGAGCAGGAGGUGCAAAGACUUAAGAAAGAACAGGACAACAGCAUCAAAAGCUUAAACAUUAGAGAAAAUUCUUCAGGAUUUAGAAAAGCUAAGCGUGUAUUUGAUUUUAGUGCUCAUGGCCGAAGACAUGUAGCCCUAAGAAUAGCCUAUCUGGGCUGGGGAUAUCAGGGCUUUGCUAGUCAGGAAAACACAAACAAUACCAUUGAAGAGAAACUGUUUGAGGCUUUAACCAAGACUCGACUAGUAGAAAACAGACAGACAUCCAACUAUCACCGCUGUGGUCGGACAGACAAAGGAGUUAGUGCCUUUGGACAGGUUAUUUCUCUUGACCUACGUUCUCAGUUUCCAAGGGGGAGGGAUUCAGAGAAUCUUAAUUUAAAAGAUGAAACUAAUGGUGCUGCUGAAGAGAUCCGUUAUACCCAUAUUCUCAAUCGAGUGCUCCCUCCAGACAUCCGUGUACUGGCCUGGGCCCCUGCAGAACCUAGCUUCAGUGCUAGGUUCAGCUGUCUUGAGCGGACUUACCGCUAUUUUUUUCCUCGUGCUGAUUUAGAUAUUGUCACCAUGAAUUAUGCAGCUCAGAAGUAUGUUGGCACCCAUGAUUUCAGAAACUUAUGUAAAAUGGAUGUAGCCAAUGGAGUGAUAAAUUUUCAGAGGACUAUUUUGUCUGCUCAAGUACAGCUAAUGGGCCAGAGCCUGAGUGAGGAGAGAUGGCAAGAACCUUUCCAGUUAUGUCAAUUUGAAGUCACUGGCCAAGCAUUCCUGUAUCAUCAAGUCCGUUGUAUGAUGGCUAUCCUCUUUUUGAUUGGUCAAGGAAUGGAGAAGCCAGAGAUUAUUGAUGAAUUGUUGAACAUAGAGAAAAAUCCCCAGAAACCUCAAUAUAGCAUGGCUGUAGAAUUUCCUCUAGUCUUGUAUGACUGUAAAUUUGAAAAUAUCAAGUGGAUCUAUGAUGAGGAGGUUCAGGAGUUUAAUGUUACCCACCUACAGCAACUAUGGGCCAACCAUGCUGUUAAAACUCAUAUGUUGUAUACUAUGAUACAAGGACUGGACUCUGUUUUGUUACCCUGUGGGACAGGACCAAAGAUAGAUGGAGCAAUAGAAUGGAGAAACAUGAAACCUUCUGUCAUAAAGCAGACCAGUGCCUUUAUAGAAGGAGUGAAAAUGCGCACGUAUAGGCCCCUUAUGGAACGUCCUAAAUGCCAAGGACUGGAAUCCCGGAUUCAGCAUUUUGUGCGUAGAGGACGCAUUGAGCACCCACAUUUAUUGCAUAAGGAUGAAGCAAAAGUCAGAAGGGACUGUAAUGACACACUAGAGGAAGAAAAUACUAUUUUGGAGAAACCAACAAAGAGGGUCUGUGUAGAUACAGAUAUUAAAAGCAUCAUUUAAUCACUUGAAUCUAGGAUCCAUGCCAGGAUCUAGGAAGCAACAACCAACUAGUAGGUCAAAAAGAAACACAGAAAAUAUUAUUGCAAGAAGUCUAAGAAAUUCUUAUGAUUAUCUCUUUUUAAAAAAAGGCCUGAUUGAAGAAGUUCUUACUCAAACAACAAAAAGUUUAAACAUUUGUAAUCCCCCUCCAAAAGGAUUAAAAGAUGAAAGAAUUAAAAAAAAAAAGCAGCUAUUAUUUACAUUUGCCUGGGAACCUGUGCCUUACAUUCAAAUUCAUUAAAGUCUAGUCCUGCAAGUA